CGCUCUGCCAAUCGCUGGAGGCCAGAGCGGGGAGAGGAUGGAAUGAGCAGCCGAGUUGGGAAGCGGAGUAGACAAAAGAAGUUAAAGAGCCGCUUAAUCGCUCCAUGUUUGGCAAGGCGGCAGUGCUGGUGACGGCGGCGACAGCAGCGGCGGCGGCGGCGGCGGACAGGGGGAGGAAGGCCACAGCCCCCGCGGGGCCGGCCCAGGCCCGGGCUACCCCCGCGCGGCUGGAUGGGCAACUGGGCUGCGGCGCCAUGGAGCCCGCGCUGAGUUGCAAGAGGAGCCCGAGCCUGCGCUUGGCCGACCUGGCCGCCUUGCAUGGCGGGGGCAGCAGCGCCACCAGCGGUGGCAGCUUCCACCACUUGCACCCGGGGGACCUGGGCUCUUCGGAUCCGGCCGCUGCCGCCCCCUUCGGGCCCGAGCACGUGGCGGCGGCAACGGGCGCGCUCAAGCUCAGCCCCGCAGGCCCUGAGGCAACUUUCGCCUCCUCUUCCUCCGCGUCCUCCUCCCAGCCCGCCAGCACCGGAGUUGGCGCCAACAGCGCCGGGGCACCCCCCUCAGCCAGCCACCCCUACUCGGCGGCAGGCAGGGACCUGGCGCUGAGGCGGGAGCAGGGCGCGCGUGGCGAGCAGCAGCUGCAGCAGCACCCGGCGGCCGCCAGCUCGCCCAUGUUCAUCUCCUCAGCGGGCACCUAUGGCGCCGGGGGGGAGCCUCACGCCGCCGUCUUCCCGGGGCUACACGACCAUCCAGCGGGCCCUCCCGGCGGGCACCACCCCCUCAAUGGGCAAAUGCGCCUGGGGCUGGCUGUAGCUGCAGCAGCAGCUGCGGCUGCCGAGUUCUACGGCCGCGUCGAGCCCUUCCGCCCUUCGUCCGCCGCAGCCGCCGCCGCCGCAGCUUCCGAGGCCUCCUACGGCCCUGCGCCGCACGGCUACCCCGUCAACUUAGCCGCAGCUGCGGCUGCCGCCCUGCAACAGCAGCAACAGCACCACUCUCACCCACCCGCACAUGCGCAUCCCGCUCCCCCUCCUCCUCCUCACCACCACCACCACGCGGGCGCUGCGGCCGCAGCCUUCCUGCGCUACAUGCGGCAGCCCAUCAAGCAGGAACUGAUCUGCAAGUGGAUCGAGGCCGAGGCGGCCGGCGGCGUGCCGCCCUGCUCCAAGACCUACAGCACCAUGCACGAGCUGGUCAACCACGUCACGGUGGAGCACGUCGGGGGGCCCGAGCAGAGCAGCCACGUGUGCUUCUGGGAGGAGUGUCCCCGCCAAGGGAAGCCCUUCAAGGCCAAGUACAAGCUCAUCAACCACAUCCGAGUGCACACGGGCGAGAAGCCUUUCCCUUGCCCUUUUCCGGGAUGCGGCAAGGUCUUCGCCCGAUCCGAGAACCUCAAGAUCCACAAGCGAACUCAUACAGGAGAGAAGCCUUUUAAAUGUGAAUUUGAUGGCUGCGACAGGAAGUUUGCAAAUAGCAGUGACCGAAAGAAACACUCUCAUGUCCACACAAGCGACAAGCCAUAUUUCUGCAAAGUCAGAGGUUGUGACAAGUCCUACACGCACCCAAGCUCCUUGCGAAAGCACAUGAAGAUCCAUUGCAAAUCUCCACCACCCUCUCCUACUCUAGGAUCUCAUGGCUACCAGCCCACGGGGACACCACUCGGUGCCCCCCUGUCCCCUCUCCAGGACUCAGGCAGGGGACGUCCUGCUAACCUUUCUCCUCAGGUCACCAACCUUAAUGAAUGGUAUGUGUGCCAGGCCAGUGGGGUACCCAACCACCUCCAUACACCAUCUAGUAAUGCCACAUCUUCUGAGGAGGAAGAGGAGGAGGAAGAGACUUAUAGGAACUCUGAGCCAAGAACUAUUCACUAGAAAUAAGAGGGAGGGGAACUUUGGGGAUGGCACACAAACGCCAUCUUGGUUAACUCGGGACUAUUUAUUCAGUAUAUGAAACCCUAUGGUGUUUGUACAUGUAUCUAAUUUAAUUAAGACAUUGGACUUGCCUUUUUAAUUAAAAAGAAGAAAACACAUAAGCUGGACUGUAACAGUGAUCCAACCUGGAUCUUUGCAAGCCGAAGGAAGAUGUCAGGGGAGUUGCUCAACCCAUUGCUUGAUCUUCUAAUAUGUGCACUGCCAGUUUGACAGUUUCCAUGCAAUAGUUUCCCCAAUAUAAAACCAGGAAGGAAGGUAAUUUAUGAAUGUAAUGUGGAGGUGGAGAUGGAGGUUAAUAGGCUUUCUCUAUUACAGAAGUGUUCAAGCUUGUCUACCAGUUUUUGAAAGAUAAACUGGUAUCUUUCUGGUUGUGGCUGUCUGCCCCACAACCAUCACCUUCAAAUCUGCCAGUUGAUUUAUUGUUGUUUCCAAGUACAUACUGUAUAUGUACAGGAGCAUAAAGAUAAAUUUCACUGCCUUUAAAAGCAUACUUUUUGUCUUUCAGUAAGAUCUCAUGAAUGAAUGCCUAAUAAUAGCUCUUGUGUUGCAAUUUUCUUCCCUCUAAAAUCAAUGACAAAACUCUCCAAGUCUCAGAGUGCUCCCUGAUAGAGCACUCUAGAUCAAUGCUGCUCAUGUUUACAUGGAAACUUGGUCCAUUGUUUUAAAUUGAGCUCACUUCCAAGUAAAUAUAUUUGCAGGUCAUAACCCUAGUUGUGUAGGAUUUCACAAACAUGAAUAUUUUUGUUGAGACUUCACCUUUAGGCAACUGAAUACUAAGCACAUUUAGUCAGAAGUAAGAUGCAUUGAUUUGAAAGGACCUUACUUCCAAGAACGUAUAAUUGGGACUGCAGCCUUAGUGUGUUAUUUCAAUAUUUCUACUUUUAAAAAACCGCCUCAAGUUCUAAUCCUAAAACUGAGGGAAUACAAAAACAGCUGCUAUGUGACAACACUAAUACUAUUAUUGUUUUAAGCAUUCAAGGCACCCUGAUCUGAAAACAUUUGUACCAUUGAUUUUAGUGGAGCUUACCUAUGAGUAAAUGUUUUAGUAGGACUGCUGCAUAGAUUUUCCAUUUCACAGAGUUAGGCUAAAUGAGUGGAUCUACCUUUAAAUGAUGUAUAGCAGAGGCCAGGAAUCUAAACACAGUUAGUUGUGGGCCAUUCACAUUGAAUCAGACUAAAUGAGAUUUAUGAGUAAGCAUAUUUGGGAAUGGAGCCUGGUUGAUAUUGUUAGGUCAAAAGUGCUGUGAACUUCACAGCCCGUAUGUCAAAGUUCCCUUGUUGAGAGUUGUGAUGCUAGAGUGACACAGACUUUCUCAAAGAUAAUUAUGUUUAACUGAUCCAACUUUACACCUGUAUGUGUACAAAAGGUUUUAUAAAUGACUUAUAUUUUACUCCCAGCAUCUGAAAUCCUGUUUUGUAUGCAAUGUACCGAUGACCAAAGUGUACUGAGGUUUUAAAGAAAAGCAAGUUGUCAUAAAUGUAAAAAUGAGGCCAGGGAAAAUACUGAGUAAAUUACCUUUGGCCUAGCUGCCAAGCUAUUAAAGAGAGAGGUCAUGGAACACUGACAAUUUCUGAUGUGGAUGGUACGACACAUUUCACAUGCAAAAUGCUGGUUCAUCAUAAACACCCUACAGAUAAUCUAAAGAGCACUAAUUUAUCCUCAGAGACCACUGAAUAAGUAACUGGUUGCCUACCCAUUGCCAGAGCUUGUAGAAAUGUGUGGGGAUUUGUGUGUGUGUCCAUGUGCUGUGAUAGUAGUCCUGUCAUUGUUAUAACUUGUAUGUGGAAGGAAGUGAUUUAUUUUGUACAGUUGAACUAAUUUAUUUUUUUAUUUUAUUUUUUAGUCAUCAUCCUUUUUCUUUUUUUUAAAAGAGUACAGAACACACCAAAGAAUAAUAAUAUUAAUUUUGGUGAUAGAUUGUCUAUGAUUCUGCAGUUGUUUGGCGGGCGGGGCGGGGGAGUCAUAUUUUUCAAGUUACUUGAAUGAACAAUGUAAUGUGAAAACAUGUUCUUCCUGCAUGUCUCCUGUGCAGUGUGAUGGUGAUUCAAUAUAGUUUAUAGAUAUAUUUGUUUCUUAGUACAGUGCAUGGUGCUGUCCAUCUGGAAGCCUUUAAACGUCCUGAUCCUAUUGUCAAGAUAAACAGAAAAAAAGAUUCUCCUUUUAAUAUCUAUAUCUAUAAAUAUAUAAAUGAGAGCUUGAAUACAAACCAUUUUUAAAAGUUUAUUUGAUUUGUGUUCCUUUCUUCUUCAAGACCUAUUCAAAUAAUAAGAAAAAAAAAUUAUAGUGAAUUACAUGGACUUUUAAAGGAUAAUUUAUGCUUUGUUUUAGAAAAUUUCUUGCUGGUUUUAAAAUAACUAUUUAAUGUAUACAUUUUAUUUACCCUGUGCCCACAAAAUAGAUUGCACUAUCCAUUAUGACACCCUCAUAUUUUGUUUAAUGUGAAACAAACACUUGCAAGUCAAUACAUUUACAGGGAAGUAAGUACUUGGUUACAAUGGACUUACUUUCAAGUACAUGUGAUUUUCUUUUGGAGCUGCAAGGAGUAGUGUACUGUUUGUCUACUGUGCCAUAGCCCAAAGGUGACACACUUCUCCCCAUGAUUUUUACAACAUACAAUACCUCCUUCAUAUCUGUAAACCUGGUCAUAAGAAAGCAAGAAUGGUUAAAGUAAAAUAAAACAAAAAUUCUUUUA